UAAUGGAACUGUGGGUAAUAAUGGCCGCCAAGUUCAUAGUUAAAAUUUAGAUGACAACAUGAAUUAUGGUUUGGGGAUGCAUCAAAUAAGAGGACAGUAUACUAUUAUUGGAUAUUUGAGAACAUGUAGAAAGAAAUGGGGUUCGUUUUGACUUUAGAAUUAUUUCGCCCUAAGCGGAGACAUGUGAACGAGGAUGGUGAUAAAACGGAAAGAUUUCAAAAGGCAGCAGCCUUUAUUCAUGAGUUUUUGCUCAAACUAAACGAAGAUGGGGAAUGUGCAGAAUUACGGGACACGCUCAACCUGGCGUUACUGCACAUGCAGAAAUACUAUCGGAUAUUACAAUCGCGUUCGCAUGAGAAGAACUCUCAAAAUACUUUACAGGUGACGGCAAGAGGGCUGAGCCCCAUGACCCCGUUUGUAGAUACCCCCGACAAGUUUCAGUGGAAAUGGUUGAGUAUGGAUAGCUUUACGCGACUGGCUUCUACCAUGAGUGUGGAGGACAGUAUGAACUUUGUGAGACUACCUCCAGCCAUUCAGGCUGCCAUGGAUGGGGACUUGCAGGAGAUUGAGCAGCUUGUUCAACAAAAUCCUGCCUUCGUGAAUGACCAGGACGGUAUCGGUCGGACGGCGCUGACCUACGCUGUCCAUUUUGACCAUCCCCAGGCGGUCAACCUUCUGCUAGAACAGCGGGCGGAUGUCAACCUAACUGCACAUGAUGGUUCUACUGCCAUGCACCAGGCGUGCCAUGACGCCAACAUAUCGGCCCUGAGUCUCAUGCUGGACUAUGGGGGCUAUGUCAGUAUACAGGAUACCCAUGGGCGCGCCGCCAUUCAUUGGGCAGUCACCACUCCCAGUCACGACUGUCUAGCGCUUCUCCUGGAGCACAACGCAGACCCUGGUAUCCGGGACAAGGAUGGACUGUCUCCCGCCAUGUGGGCAUGUCGCAUGGAUCACAUUGAGCACUUCGAGCUGCUGAGCAGGGCAGAUAACUCUCACAUCGAGGAGCCAGACGGGAUCGAGAGGGAUGCUAAUGGCCGCACGUGGAUGCACUGGGCUGUGCGGCGAACAGAACCGCUGGAGUGUCUGCAGACUUUAAUAACUGCGGACACUGCGGCGAUCAAGGAUGAUGAUGGCAAGACAGUCUUACUUCUCGCUGCUGAGAUGGGGUCACUGCUGGCUGCCAAGCUGGUCAUGGAGAUUGCAGGACGUAUCUGUAUCCAUGAUACGGACGCCCAGGGGAGGACUGCACUCCAUCUCGCCACGAUACGCGGACAUGGCGAGAUCGUCAACUUCCUCCUGGAGCAGGGCGUUGACCUGACUGUGGUAGACCAGUUCAACGCCACAGCGUGGGACUACGCCCUCAACCGCCAGCUCCACUACUGCCAGCUGAUAAUCAUGUCGCAUCAGCGCCAACGGAUUGUCUCCAACCCCACAUCACCCAUGGUGCCAGGAAUGGGUCUCAUAGACAAUCUACAUAUCAUGAACGGCAACGUGAAUCAGAGCGAGGACUUCACUAUGAAGAACUGGCCAGGCAAGUCAGGGGACACAACUCCAGUGACACCUCCUCAUCCCCCCAAACGUCCCAGAACAUCGAGGCCGCUGCUGUCACGGCGAGCCAACAGCCUUACUACACCUGAAGGCCAUGAAAAGACGGACCUCAAUGGUGAUAGAGGCAUCAGCAGUGCAGGGAACGAGAGAAAGAAGGAACGCAUUGAAGUGAGUGUGGACACCAAGCGCACAGCAAACAUUGCUUUCUACGCUAACGGACGGGAGGAGACGGACAUGAUAACUGACGAUCAUGAUGGCCAUGUGGAGGGAGAGGAGGAUGUUGACGGUGUGAGUGUCGGGGGAAUGGACGUGUCAGACAUUGAUGAUGACGAGGACAGAUCCCCACCAAGAGCACGACCUGCUCCUGCCCCUAGACCUCAGACCAUCCAGCCUCGCCCCCCACCCAGACACACUCAGCCACGCCCCCCACCGCCAUCAUCUUUCUCCCAUUCUCAGGAGCUACAGUACAACAAUCACCCUCACCAGCAGCCGGAGUCCCAGUACGAGGCCCUGGAGGAGAGCACCACUACCACCACGAUCGACCCACCCCUAGGGCAGCGCUUCCAAAACUCACCGAAGUUCUCCGCCCCACAGGCGUACGCCCCUGCCUACCGAACCGGCCGAGGUGGCCCUGCUCCCUCUCCUCCCAACAUCACCCCUCAGAAACCCCACAUGAUCCGACAGCAGCAGCCCCUGCCUCCACGCCCCGCCCCCAGGGAAGCACCUGCUCCUCGUCCAGGGUCCGGACCGUCCUCACGUGACCAGGUCGCCAGCCCUCCCCCUCUGUCCAGCGGGUCGGGUCAGUCUGUCGAACAAGGGCCAUCGAUGAAGAAACCCCUGAGUCCUGACCAGGGCAACAGACCAGGGUCGGGAGGACAGACAAAACCUCCAGGUGUGCUGGAAGGUCGCAAGAUCCCUCCGCCACCAAUGCUCACUCCUCUUCCAAAUGCGCCGAAAGUGCCAUCUCAGAGUCGACUUGACAAACUAGAGAAGAAGAAGAAAAAGAAGAAGCGGGAUCGAGACAAGGAACGGGAACAAGACACCAAGUCUCCCCCCGAGGUUCAAAACCAGCAGAACCCCCUCGACAUCCCCCCACCCAGAGGGUUUGCUGCACCCCUUCACCCCUUCCCCCAGCAACCAGAGAGGGUGAGGUCGGCAGCACCGUCAGCCCCUAGGGCGUCCAAAGGAGUUCCACUACAUCACGACUCCAGGUAUAGUGAUGAGACAGAAGACAGUAAAGGUGUGGUCAUAAAUGGUCAUGCGAUGAUGAAGGACAGCCCAGCUCGGUCAGCACGACCUGGUCCCAGACUUCAGCCGAUGGAAGAAGAGGAGACACAGUACACUGAAGCAGGGGGAGACAAUCCACUGCAGCAGUCUAGUAUUCCAGAAGAGGGGCAGGUCGGCCCAUUGAUUCCUCCCCCUCAAGCCUUCCGUUCAGGGGGAAGAUACAGCUCUGCAGCUCAAGGGAGACCACUCUCUCAAUCAGUCCCUCAGGACGGCCACAGUUCAGCUCGGAUGAUGCCUACCAGUGCUAAACCACCAUUGCCGAUCAGAGGGAGAAGUAGUGCCGGCGUAUCCGGGCGGACUUCUCGCAACUCCAACACACGUAGUUCCGUAUCCCGCCGCACUCCACGACCUCCGACCUCAAGAUCAGAUUCAAACAGUUAAAAACGAUAUAUGCGCUGAUAUUCUCUUCAGAUUAUGGAGGUCACAGACUGUCCAAAAUUAUAUAUGAAUGCUAACAGGACCUUGUCAUAACCAUUAUGUUAAAACUUGAAUAUUUUGGUCGACCAUAGAUUGAAAAUACUUCAUCAGAAAACCUCAAGGAUCAAAGGAUCUCCUGAAGUUAAUGCCUUGUUUGGGGUCAUGAUGGGGUGUAGCAUGUCUUUGUGUUUCAACAGAAUAUGACUUGGCUUUGAAGCAUUCUUAGUUACAUGACCAAGAAUUGAUUGUUUGUGGGGAAGUAUUCCACAAAUAUUGUUCAGUAUCUGUUUUUAUUUAUUUAUUUGUUUGUUAUGCAUGAACACCUCAUCAUUGACAAAUAUUAAAAGUAUUUGUCAGGGAAGUAUCAUUUUAAUCUACUGUGGAAACUUGUUGUCUGGAAACAAGCAGGAGUAUUGAACAUGUACUUGUUUGGGCAUAUAAGUUCAGCCCAGAAAGGCACAAAAAUUUGAUAACAUGACUUGAGAAUUGGUGCAUUCGGCAAUAAUAGGUCACUAUGCUGUUUUUCAAUACAGAAGAUUUGUGAAUAUUUCAAUCAAUAACAAAAUAUUGAAAGGCUGAUGAUAUAUCGACUAUCAACGGUAGCUGCUAUCGACUAUCCACUGUAGAAGUCGACUAUCUUCUGUUGAUAUGGACUGUCCUCUGUAGAUAUUGACUAUCUGCUGUUGAUGAUAUUAACUAACCUCCAUAGAUAGCGACUCUCCACAGUAGAUAGCAACUAUCCACAGUAGAUAGCGACUAUAUGGUGUUAAUGAUAUCGACUAUCCUCCGUAGAUAGCGACUAUCCACUGUAGAUAGCGACUAUAUGGUGUUGUUGAUAUCGACUAUCCACUGUAGGUAUCGACAAUUCACUAAUGAUGAUAUCGACUAUCUGCUGUAGAUAUCGACUAUCCGCUGUUUAUGGUACAUGUAUUGACAUUCCACUGUAAAUGAUAAUGAGUAUCAGUGGCAGAUGAUAGCAACUAUCCAUUGUAGAUUAUAAGGACUAUCAACAGUAGAUGACAGUAUUUCCUGGAGUGGGGUUGUGUGGGUUCAGAGGGAAAUCAAACGAUGCCAUCCGUCCAUUUUCUCAUGUGAUAUAGAGUUGUUGUAACAACCAGGUAUUGAAUAUUGUGUAUAUAACCUCUACAUUUUGUAUACAUAGUUUUGCAUACAGGUUAUAUAUGUACUACAUUUACGUAAGUCUCUACCUGUUUACUUGGAUUCCGUCCAUUCGUUGUUUGUUUAUUGUUUUCGCUUACAGCUGAUGUCAUUAAGUACAUGUAGUCACUGCUUGUUGAUUUUAUUGUAACGCAUACGUGACAAGACAGGAUAAUUUGGGCCCUCUUUCGGCCAGUGUCAGUGUUUAAAGUUUUGAAAACUGAUUAUUGCUAUGAAGACAACAUGUUCAAAUGUCUGCUACCUGCUUAUAUCAUUCCUGCAGUUCCCAUGCUGGUCGUAAAUGGCGACAAACGGGAUCAGGUGGUCAGUUUUGCUGACUUGGUUGACACAUGUCAUCGGUUCCCAACUGCGCAGAUCGAUGCUCAUGCUGUUGAUCACUGGAUUGUCUGGUCCAGACUUCGAUUAUUUACAGACCGCCGCCAUAUAGCUUGAAUAUUGCUGAGUGCGGCGUAAAAGUAAACUCACUCACUUUCCUGCUGUUUCAUGAGGUUUAACCUGGUCAAGGUCAAAUAUUGCUAAAAUUGGGGAAAGCUUGAUUUCCGAAUUUGUGAAAUCUACGUACGACCAAUACUCUGAUGCAGGAUGUUUUUUUAACAUUUAAUGAGGAAACAGCUUGUGUCAGACUUUCUCAUGUUGAACUAACAAAAUGCUCCCUGACAAUUUUUAAAUUCAGCCUUUAUUUUGGCCUGAACUUUGCAUUCACUGUCAUUGAGUUUCAGUUGUUGAACAAAUACAGUUUAAUUCUCAUAGGAAAAUGUGAGUACUUUCAUAAGGCCAGUCCAGUUUUAUUUCUUGUUUUACUGAUUUCUGUCCUCAGAAAACCUAAAGGCAGGAGGAAAUAACAAAAAAAAAAUAAUUACCAGUCAAAGUAAUAU